CUCGUGGAAGGGAAGAGGAGGAAUGUGGAAGGCGGCGGCGCGCCGGCUGACAGGCGGUUCCUCGGGCGGGCUGCGGUGGCGGCCGGAGCGCCUCUCCUUCGCCAAGGUUGCGCGACCCUCCUUCGCCGUGCCCCGGGCCCGCGCGGGAUUGUGCGUCCUCUCCCCUCGUCCCUGAAGGGAAGGAACCGAGGCGGCGGCAGUAGCGGCGGCGGCGCCCCGGAGUCCUAGCCUUCGCAGCGUCCCCGUCCCUCCCCCGUCGCACCCCGCCCGGGCAGAGCAGGGAGCGCGAGAGCCCGAGCCGCGGGGCGGGCGGCGAAGAUGGCAGAGGCGCCGGCCUCCCCGGCCCCGCUCUCUCCGCUCGAAGUGGAGCUGGACCCGGAGUUCGAGCCGCAGAGCCGACCGCGCUCCUGUACGUGGCCCCUGCAGAGGCCGGAGCUCCAGGGAAGCCCGGCCAAACCCUCGGGGGAGGCGGCCGCUGAUUCCAUGAUCCCCGAGGAGGAGGACGAUGAAGACGACGAGGACGGCGGCGGUCGGGCCGGCUCGGCCAUGGCGAUCGGCGGCGGCGGGAGCAGCACGCUGGGAGCCGGGAUGCUCCUUGAGGACUCGGCUCGGCUGCUGGCUCCCGGAGGGCAGGACCCGGGGUCUGGGCCAGCCCCCGCGGCGGGCGCGCCGAGCGGAGGGACGCAGACGCCGCUGCAGCCUCAGCAGCCACUGCCACCACCGCAGCCGGGGGCGGCUGGGGGCUCCGGGCAGCCCAGGAAAUGCUCGUCGCGGCGGAACGCCUGGGGGAACCUGUCCUACGCCGACCUGAUCACUCGCGCCAUCCAGAGCUCCCCGGACCAACGGCUCACUCUGUCCCAGAUCUACGAGUGGAUGGUGCGCUGCGUGCCCUACUUCAAUGAUAAGGGCGACAGCAACAGCUCUGCGGGCUGGAAGAAUUCUAUCCGACACAACCUCUCGCUACACAGCCGGUUCAUGCGGGUCCAGAAUGAGGGGACUGGCAAGAGCUCUUGGUGGAUCAUCAACCCCGACGGAGGGAAGAGCGGGAAGGCGCCCCGCCGGCGGGCUGUCUCCAUGGACAACAGCAACAAGUAUACCAAGAGCCGUAGCCGUGCAGCCAAGAAGAAGGCAGCCCUGCAAGCAGCCCCUGAGUCAGCAGACGACAGUCCCUCCCAGCUCUCCAAAUGGCCUGGCAGCCCCACAUCCCGCAGCAGCGAUGAGCUGGAUGCAUGGACGGAUUUUCGCUCGCGCACCAAUUCCAAUGCCAGCACGGUCAGCGGCCGCCUAUCGCCCAUCCUGGCAGGCACAGAGCUGGAUGAUGUUCAGGAUGACGACGCGCCACUCUCCCCCAUGCUUUAUAGCAGCUCAGCCAGCCUCUCACCCUCCGUCAGCAAGCCGUGCACUGUGGAGCUGCCCCGGCUGACCGACAUGGCCGGCACCAUGAAUCUGAAUGAUGGUCUGGCUGACAACCUCAUGGAUGACCUGCUGGAUAACAUCCCGCUCCCACCGUCCCAGCCGUCUCCCACCACGGGGCUCAUGCAGAGGAGCUCUAGCUUCCCAUACACCACCAAGGGCUCCGGCCUGGGCUCUCCAACCAGCUCCUUCAACAGCACAGUGUUUGGACCCUCAUCUCUGAAUUCCCUGCGCCAGUCUCCUAUGCAGACCAUCCAAGAGAACAAGCCAGCCACCUUCUCUUCCAUGCCGCACUAUGGCACCCAGACACUCCAGGACCUGCUCACUUCAGACUCACUCAGCCACAGCGAUGUCAUGAUGACCCAGUCGGACCCCUUGAUGUCUCAGGCCAGCACCGCUGUGUCUGCCCAGAACUCCCGCCGCAAUGUGAUGCUUCGCAAUGACCCAAUGAUGUCCUUUGCGGCCCAGCCUAACCAGGGGAGUUUGGUCAAUCAGAACUUGCUCCACCACCAGCACCAGACCCAGGGCGCUCUCAGUGGCAGCCGUGCCUUGUCUAAUUCUGUCAGCAACAUGGGCUUGAGCGAUUCUAGCAGCCUCGGGUCAGCCAAACACCAGCAGCAGUCUCUCGUCAGCCAGUCUAUGCAAACCCUCUCGGACUCUCUCUCAGGCUCCUCUUUGUACUCAACCAGUGCAAACCUUUCCGUCAUGGGCCACGAGAAGUUCCCCAGCGACCUGGACCUGGACAUGUUCAAUGGGAGCUUGGAAUGUGACAUGGAGUCCAUUAUUCGCAGUGACCUCAUGGAUGCCGAUGGGUUGGAUUUUAACUUUGAUUCCCUCAUCUCCACACAGAACGUUGUUGGUUUGAACGUGGGGAACUUCACUGGUGCUAAGCAGGCCUCAUCUCAGAGCUGGGUGCCAGGCUGAAGGCUCACGGAGGAAAGGGGAAGUGGGCAAAGCAGUCACCCUUGCUGACCUAUGACUCUGGUCCCCCUGUUUGAUGGAUGGAUGAAAACAGAAGGGAAGGGGGGAAGGUAGGACCUGAGUCACACAAACUUCAAGGUUAAGGACUCGGCCAAAGGACUUCCUUAGGUUCCCCGGUCCAGCACCCUUAUCGUUGAUCUUCGAUGUUACCAUUUCAUCUUCCUUUCAUUAAAGUAAUGAUUUGCAGGUACUUCGAGUUUAACUGUAGAAUAUGUAUUCUGGACUCUUUCAUACAUGCAUACUGAUAUUUCCAUCAGAAGCAAAAUCUGUUAGAUUCUUCACCAUAGUACGAAGCAUCUUUAUUAGGGAGCCUUCAGCAUCUGAGCCUUAAAAAGAGCAAAAGAAUUAAGUUGAAAACAGAAGUGUUUAUGUUAGAGCACUUACUCAAGGGCGUCUUGAUCCCCACUGUAUAAAUGAUGUCAGGUUCUAACCAGAGUGACAUGGGCUGUGCAUAGCGGCAGAUUUUUAAAAUUGUGGCAUUUCAAUACUGUUGGAACUGGAAAGAUCACGCAGCAUGAUGUGGUAAGAAAAGUAUUUGAUUGGCAUCAGAAGUUGAGUGUUCAGUACGCUUCUGCUUUCUGGCUGCUCUUGAGAGUGUGUCAGCCCCUGAGCCUCAAUUCCCAUUUUAUAAAAGGAGGCUGAUAGCCACUGUGACUUUACAGGGUUAUUGCAAGAAUCAAAUCACUGAGGUAUGUGAUGGUGCUUUGUAAAACUGCAGUGGGCUGAAAUGGGUACGGUAUAAAUUAGGUAAGCAUACUGCCUAACAGAUGAGUAGUAAGCAGGGAGCGCAGGGAGGUUAAGUAGUUUGUCCAGGGUCACACAGCUGGACCCAGAAUCCAUAUUUCUUGAAUGGCUGGAACCAUAAUAGUUCUUUCUAAUUUUAUCUAGAUCAGGGGUCCUCAAACUUUUUAAACAGGGGGCCAGUUCACUGUCCCUUAGACCGUUGGAGGGCCGGACUAUAGUUUAAAAAAAACACUGUGAACAAAUUCCUAUGCACACUGCACAUAUCUUAUUUUGAAGUAAAAAAACAAAACGAGAACAAAUACAAUAUUUGUAUUUGCAUGUGACCCGCAGGCCGUAGUUUGAGGACCCCUGAUCUAGAUAGUAAAAAAUGGGAAGUGUUUUGGACUGGAGCUAGAGUAGCAGAUAAUAGACAAGCUUGUCCUGAAACUCCCCUCCUCAGGCAGUGAGAUGAGCCCUGAGGUCUUCUGCUAAUAGGUUUGCACCCCAGACCUUCCCAUGUUCAAGGACCCUGCUCUGUGCUUCAGCUCCUUUUGACUUAUUUAUUUUUUAAUCUCAGAAAGCAUUUUACACCCUUCUGUAGAUGGUGUAAGAGGAAAAUGGGAUUCGAGGCAUAAAAAGCUGAGCCUUGUUUAACCCUGUGCCCUGGUGAAGGAGUUCCAAGGGUCUCCUCGGGUGAGCGCACUCCCGCUCACGAGCACUUGUAGAAAGUGGAAUGUCAAGAGCGCUGUGAAGCUGACGGCUUCUCGCUUUCCCAGGCAUACGCGGGCCCCGCAUGGAACUCAGACAUCUGUUUUCAGUCAUUUACUAGCCACUGAGGUAGUAAAGAGACUGUAAUGGAAGCUAGAGGGGACACUUUCGUGCCAGCCAGUUCAGGUCAUACCCGAACUCGGGUGGUGGAGACUGGCCUUGAGAAAUUUGGAUACUUGGCUUUUAGAAGAGUAAAGAGUUUGUCUUCCUUUAAGAAGAGGAAUGCAAUUGUGGCUUCAAAAGACACAAGAUGUUUUAAUUUUGGUGGAGUUGUAAGGAGGCCACUUUCUAGCUCAUUAAAUAGAGUAAGUGCAGAAGAAAAUGUACUGUCAAUUUUUGUCUGAUUUUUGUCAGUGUAGAUUUUCCAUUGAGUUUCCAUAGCAGACCUUUCUAGUGUAUGUAUAAUUCUAAGAUUGUAUAAAAAUAUUUUAAGAGAGAUUUAGUCCUUAAGUUUUUAAAACACGAAUGAAGAGACGUCAUGGAGACGGGGGAUGGGGAGUACUUUGAGGGAGUCUGGUUUCUGGGUUUAGGGUUUCCAUUUUGUUUUGAAAUGAAUUGCUCCUCUAGACAGCCAGGAGCACAUGUGGCCUGAUGUGUGUUCUUUACUUUUAAACUUGUGGCUAUCACUAUAUUGAAGGUUCCUAAAUUGACAAAACAGGCCUGAGGUCACAAUGUCAGGCCUCACCUCACCCAGAUUAAGCACCCAAGGUUCCCCGGAGUCAUUGUACUGACUUCUUUAAACCAGAAGUCUUGUAUUCUCCAGACUCACUUCCUGACUUGCUAACUGAAGGUCAUGUGAGCCUGAAUUGGAGCCAUCUAGUGACAGAGCAGUCGGUCCAGCCAAAGUCUCGCUGGAGAGCUGUGGCGAGAUGUUCUCUGGAGGGCUGAGUGUUCCCCACCUGUCACUCACUUAGACCACAUGUAAAAUCCCUCAGGCUGUGGGUCUAUCUGGAAAAGAAGAGUAACCAUACCUUUUCAUGAGGGCCAGCUGCUGGGGUGUAAAGGGCUUUGUCCUCUCUCAGGCACCCAUAAAACUUGGUGAAGAAACAUACAAGUUGGCAGCAGAGAUGUCUGUGAGCGACUGUAGUGGUUUGCAAAGCUGAGUUUCUAAUAAGCCCUCCUGAGUUUGACACGUGUCUACUCUCGGAGGGAAAGCAGCAUCAAUCUCACUGUAGUUUUGAUGUCAAAAGAUGCCUAAUUUCACAAGCUCUUUCAUUCAUCUUCAUCUUUUGGCAUUUGAAGACGCCCCAUUAGGGAGCAGCCCAGGAUUUCGUUUUAAACUACUUUAUGGUAAGGAUUGGAAGGCAUCAACCAGGAAAUAGCCCCGAUGGAGAGGAGAAGGGUAGUUUUCUUUCUGUUUCUGCCACUGGUCACGUCACUGAUGAGUCUCUUAGAAUUGAAGGUUUCUCGUCUAUGGAAAGAGGACAGGAUCAUAGAGUUUUAAAGGUACAGCGUAUGUAUACUUUUAAACCUGAAACCUAACAUCUGUCUGUGAAAUGGUCCUAAUUAGAGGUACAUGAUGGCAUGGAAAUAUAAAGAAACAGUGGUAAACCAGUGUGGAAACGGCAGGCUCCAGCGUGGAGGCCAUGGUGAAUUUACAUUUAGGCUAUUUCCCAAAAGGAGCAUAUCUUUGAUACUUGCCAGAGUUAACUUAGAAUGCUGUGAUUCUAUUAUGUCUUUAUUCAUGUUGGGAGAUAGGACUAACUCUAACCAAAUACCGGCAAUACGGGCUACUCCUGCCACAUUUUUUCCUUGGUGUAGGUCUUUCUGUGUCAGGGAAUGUAGCGCAUGGUAAAUAUGAAUCUGUACAUAUUGUGUGGAGAAUAUCCUUUGUUUUUUUUUUUUUUUGCACUGUUGCUGUAGUCUAGCCUUUGGCUACAAUGCACCAGCCUCAAGAACUCUGCAUCUGCCAGGCUCGUCAUUCUUACCUGUUACUAAGCCCCAAGCCUGAAGUGCCAUUCAUGGAGAGAGUGGCUGCCUGGAUCUUGUUGACAGUGGAUCUUGUUGACGGCAGUGAAGGGAAAUUGACAGAGCUGUGAAAAGGGGUUCUCUGUGCAGAGGCUGGUACACGCCUUCCAUGCAUUCGUUUCCCUGGAAAGCAGGGACAUCACGCCCAGGCCGUCUUCCUGGGCCUGUUAGUUUUCCAGUGCACCUGUGGUCACCUCUGGCCGGCCUGCUAGACGUGGGGACAGAGCCUGUGUGGCUCUCACUUCGAGCAGUUGCAUUUCUAAGUGGCUUUCUGGAAGGUCUCUUUUGGCCACAGAGCUUAUGUGGAGCAUAAAUAAUGGGGUGAAAAUCGCCAGAAUUACCACUGGAAAUUCUUGUAAACUUCAAGCUCCCAUUAAAUGCUUCUUUUUAGAGUGUUCAUAAUGCUCAAUAUUCAACAUCUAAUAAAUAACGUUUCAGAGCAGAGCCCCAGGGACAGUGAGCUGAAGUGGGUGGCUGGCUCAUGUCCAACUGUGAUGAGCCUGCCCUAGAAGUCAAACAUAAACUAAAGCAAGCGUCCUGAGGGCUUUUCACAGAAACCUGUAUCUGGGUUUAGUCUGACUCUGGCCUCUUAGUAUUAUGGAGCUCCGGAAGUACGAGGGCCUAUGUUUUUAUCCCCCAAACAAAAACAGACCGUGUGAGAAUGGAAUAGGUCAAUAGGACAUUUGAAAGCAAGGUUGUCCCAGAAAACCAAGCAUGUAAGAUGGCCACACACCCUUGGGUUCUUUGCUUCAACCUUGCAUGUAAGGCAGUCUUUUCCUCACUACCACCACUGCUCCACCUCCCCAACCAGGCCAUGCAUUUCUUGGGGGUAGGGAGAACCCCUGUUUUAUUUACCUCUAUGCCCGGUGCCCAAUGCACUGCAGGUGCUCAAUAAAUGUAUUCUGUUUAAUGAAUUCAGGCUUCUCUUGAGCACGUGUACUAAUGUGGGGCCUACCGUUUUGCCAGGCAGCUCAUCCAGCCUCAGAACCCGCUUCAUGGCUGAGAAGAGCUUGAUUAAUAUGAUAAGGGCAUACAAAACACUUAGUAAGAAUCAAGGGCAAAAGGGCCAAGAGUCCAUAGUAAUCAAGGGGGUUGUUGACCUUUUUCAGCACUACGCUAGGGCAGGAUUUCUUCAGGGGCUUCCUUAGAACACAGGUCCUGUGGUUUGAAGAAAAAGGAUUUGGUUCAAGACAUCAGAGAGGCAACACAAGCCUGUUCCUGAAACACACCACUCUGUGGCAAGUGCCUGUGCCCUUGGUUGCUGGUGUUUUGUUUCUUUCUCUUCCCACUAACAGACGUGGACCUUCCCCUGUAAUUCUAGAUACUCUGUGUUUUUUUUAAAGAACCUCUUCUUUGUGUGCUGAAAUCUAUAACACUCAUGUAUUAAAGGAUGAGAAUUACUUAGUCAUGAAGGCCUCCGAGUUAAUUCCAGUGUUCUGAAGGAUAAAACUUUAAUUGGCAGUCUUGGCUUGAUUGAAGGUUUGCAUAUCAGUAUGUCUUCUCCCUCCCUCUUCCUUCCCCUCCCACUUCUCUCUCCUCUGUCUCUCUUCUCUCUUGUGAAGAAGUUUGGACCAUAAUUUUUUUUAAGCAGUCAUGUCUGUGCGGAGUGUUUGAUUUGACUCCUUGGGGAAAUUAAUGGCCAAGAAGAGAAGGCCAGAGGUUCUAAGGUUGAAACCCACUGGGCCUCCAUUUCUGUCCAUGCCACUGUAAUUAACUGGAACUUCCGUUGGUCAUUUGUGCGUUCAGUUGAUCAGAAAGCAAUACAGCCCAGCAUAUCUGUAAGUAAUCAGAAAAUGUUGGCUGGUAGACCUGUUGGACGGUGUCCCUUUGUCUGCCUCUUGAGUGCCUCAGGCCAGAGCACUCCCUACCCAGCCCCACUCAGACCAGGUUGCCCUGCUGGCUGGGGGCCGGGGCCAUGGAAAGGAGGUCCAGGCACUUACCCGCAGUGCUGUCAGGCUGAGCCGGGAGAUGAGGGUCACGCGUGCCACGUAAAAUGAAGACUUACCUCACUGCAGGAACCAGUGCUCCGGCUGGACCCCUGGCGCCAGGAUGGCCCUUUGUCUCUGCUGAUCUUGACUCCCCCACUUGAGUUGCUCCUUUCAGCUCCUCCUGGGUUCCCUUCGCCUGUUAUACUGGUGUGAUUGUUGUUUCUUGGCCACCACCUGUGUCACCUGCAUGCCCUGGUCAUACCUCACAGGAGGACGAGUGGGACUAAAAUAGCUGAUUUUGUAUUUUCAAUUUCAGAGUCACCUUGGAGAAAAUUAGAUUGAAAUCACAACUGUAUUAUCUAACGCAGGAAGAGAAGACUGUAGAGACCCUUCUCUCCCGUGCUUGGUAGUGGGAUGUUUAGGUGGGUGGUGAGUCAUGCCCCAGGGCCCCAGGGCAUCCCAGCCUGGAGGGUGGCUGCACCCUCUCCGUCAUCCCCCACCCCCUCCAGCCAGUGAAUGCAGUGUAGGGUCACACAGGAUGGGGUCGCAGCCGGCAAACUAAACAUUGUGAUAUUCAGGCCCUGGUUUUAGCUAAACAUUUGCUCCUGGACUGGAGUUCCCUUUUGUUUGUAAACAGUGAGUCACUUUAGUGAUGACAGCAGUUUGAGAGUUAGAAUAGCAAGACUCUUAAUUUGGGGGCUGGUAAUAAAGGAUGUGUAUGGUGGGAUGUGAAAAGGUAAAUUUUUGAUUAAAUACUUACUACUUAAAAUGUUUUUAUUAAUUUUCUAAAAUUAAAUUAGUUGAAUGUUAAAAUUGUGCCUCCUAUUGAUCCUUAGGGGGUUUCAUGAGUUUUAGAAACUUGAUCGGAACCGCGAAAAAGGGGAUCAAUACCCUCCCCCCGAAAAAGGCAUUAAAAUUCCAGGUCUUGCUCCACAAGCAGUAGGGUUUCUGCCCAGAUUCAAAUAAGACCAAGUCUUAGCAAACGUGAGUAGUUCUAAAAUGCUUCUGGAAGCCGAGCUCUGAAAGGGUGGCAUUUGAAUUGGCAGAGAAGAGAGGGCUAUUCCAGAAGGACGGUUCGGCCCUUCAUUCAGCCACCGUGUGUUGCACAGCUCAUCUGUGAGUCAGCUUUGCAGGCUUCUUGGGACGUCAAGAAAACUUUGUUUCCCCGGCGAGAAUAUGGGCUUGAGAGUAAAUACCAUGUCUCCGACAGGGCUCUUAAAAUAGUUGGUGCUUCGUCGGUGAUUUGACUUGAAGCUUUUGCUCUGUUUUCAAGGAAUUCAACAUUUCAGGAGCUUAACGUCUAUGAAAAAGUAACCCUUCUGGGUCCCAUGUGAUGAGGUGCCCGGUGAGCGGUUGAGGAGUUUAGUAGAGGACAACCUAGAGGAGGAGGGCUGGGUGGAUGGGUGUGGUUCACAUGGGCGGGGAGGGCAAACCAGACACAGUGUGACUGCACCUGACUUACGGACGAGGAGGUCUGUUCGCAAAGCCCGGAUGAGGACCGCGGAGCCUGACCCCAGAGGCCUCGACCAGCGAAGGUGUUUGGAUGUUAGAAUAGGGCUAACUGACCAUGAGUCCAGAGAAGGUCCACAUGCCCCUUCAAGGCAUUUGCCUUAAAAAUGGUUCUUUAAAAGGACAUAAUAAGAAACUUUACAUGCUGUUCUGUGUGGUUUGAAAAUCUAAGAAUCUUUAGGGAAUAGGAGACCUCUGCAACUUAGUUAUUGACAGCAGAUUAAUCCGUACAUUUGUGCCAUGUCCGUCACCAUAUUGUAGCCUGGGUACACAAAGAAUAUGGGUUGGUGUAACCCUGCCCCAAUAUAAAGUCAGGUAGGACAUUCCCUGCAGUUAAGCAUCGUUGCAGGUCACCCCGGCUCGCUGUGAAGUGUGAGGACGGUUGCUUCUCUCCUGUGCCCCCUGUGCCCUGUUAGCACAGCACUGAGGCUGGCAGGAAGGGCGUCCACACUGGCGAAGUUUGCACGCGUCCUGGAGGCAAAGGCUCUGUAGAGGCUUGUCACCAGCCUUCACAGGCAGGCUCCCCUGCCACCUUGCAAACGCCCAGAAGUUACUGGGAGAUGGCAGAAAGCGUACCUACCUACGCAAGACACGCUUUUCUGUACACAAACUCAGCUGCUUUUUUUUUUAAUAGUGCAUAUAGGUGAGUGCCUUCCCAGUAUCUCCCUAAGUGGCACCUUUGCCACAAGAAGCUUAUUUUAAGCAUCUCUGCCACAUCCUCACCUUCAUAAGCAUUUCCUUGCCCACCAGAAAACACCAGAGCCUGUGGGCUGUGUUUCCUGGAAACUGGAGUUUCCUUUUUGGGAGGCUCCUCAACUGAAUACAGAUUGGCCUCCAGCCUGGCCAGAGCUUCCAUACCUACCUGUUCUGCUUCCCUCGCCGACUUUUCCUUGUCUAAGCCGGCAAGUUGACAGCACUUGCCAACAUGUGUUUCCCUGGAGCGGCACCUCCCACACCCCUUCUCUGGCAGUCACGGAGGACGGCGCUGCCCAGCUCAGGCCAAGGCUGGAUUGUAAGCCCCCGGGCCCUGUCAGUGGCCCCAGGCUGGCUUCCAUGCACCUCCCGGAAUCCUCUUGAUCACCCACUCCAACCUGGAAGACACUGAAAAAUCACCAAAGUAAGCCAGUGUUGUGUCAAUGCGCACUGUCUGGAGCUGCUGCAUGUUUUGCCUGUGAAGGUGACCUCCAAGGGAACUGCCUCCAUUUGCGUGUUCCAAAAACAUGUGGCUGCCUGACCCAAGGACCCCUACCCC